AUGAAUAAAAAAUUUGUAUACAGGGCUCUUGCAUUAAUCUUCUUUUUUGUUUCUAUCAAAGAGACAACUGCAGGAAUUAUUCCUCAAAGUAAUGAUAAUCCUUUUCUUAAACGCGAUACCGCAGCAAAGACUAUUGCUGCAAGCGCUAUAUUUAACAAUGACGUGAUGGGCGGUAUGACUUUUGAAUCAACAGAAGGCUCCGGAAUAAUGUAUGUCUAUGGUAGUUUCUCAAAAGGCUUUCCUCAAGAUUGUUUUGGUGUCCUUCUCAAAAAAGAUGGAAAAACUGCCAUUGAUUUGACUACAAGUUUAAAUAUAACAGUUUCGAGUUUGGGUGCUACUAAUCCAUUUUGGGCAGCUGUUGAAUUUGAUCUUGCCGCAUAUUUAUCAAUUAAUGAUAAGCAAAAACGUCAAGAUGCUGGAACAACUGCAGAUAUUACUAAUGGUGCACAAACUGUGAGCAGUGCACCAGUUACCGCCUUACCUGUCUAA